AUGAAUCCAAACAACACUCCUCCUACAAAUUCUCAAAAUUCAAACCCUCAAUUUCCAUAUCCAUAUCCAAAUCCUUUUUUCCCAAACACACAAAAUUUUAAUUUCAAUUCUCAAACCCCGAAUUCUCAAUAUCAAUUUCCACAAUCCAUAAAUUCUCAAUUUCCUUUCCCGUAUCCUCAAAAUUCUCCAUAUCAAUUUCCAUUUCCUCCAUUUUCAAACCCACAAUUUGAAACACAACAAUCACCUACUCAAAAUUCCCCACAUUCACAAGUGCCUGCAUUUAAUAAUGCAAAAUUUAUUGAUCUUAAUGAUGAUUACGAGGAAAUCGAAGAUAUUCGAGAAAGUACCGGACAGUGGAAGUGGGUUGAAGAUAAACUCUUAAUAAGUGCAUGGUUAAAUGUAUCAAUUGACCCACUGGUCGGUACUGAUCAGAAAGCUGAUGCGUUUUGGGAACGAAUUCAGCAAUAUUGUGUAGAAGAAAAUCCCGGUGUCAUCAAAAGAGGAGUUGUGGCUAUAAGAAAAAGGUGGCAACGAAUAAAUGAAGUCUAUCAUGAAAUUUAUGGUCAAAGCUCAAGAUCCGUGCCUCGAAAAAGUAUAUUCAGAAACCGUGAAGCAGGGCAUCAACGUCUGGAGAAUGAUUACUUUUCAGCAAAUCCGGUAUAUCCUGAAGAAACAUUCCGACGAAGAUUUCGUAUGGGAAGGCAUGUUUUUCUACGUAUUGUGAAUGCAAUGUCAAAUUUCGAUCCAUACUUUCAACAAAGGGUCGAUGCUGUGGGAAGAAAAGGUUUAUCACCCUUACAGAAAUGUACUGCCGCAAUGCGUAUGUUAGCAUAUGGAAUAUCCGCUGACGCUGUUGAUGACUACGUUCGUAUUGGAGAGAGUACUGCAGUUGAGUGCUUAAAAAAAUUUGUCUCAAAUAUCAUCAUGAUAUUUGAAAGUGAAUACUUGCGAAAGCCAAACUCCAGUGAUGUUCAACGGCUAUUACAGAUGGGUGAGGCUCGCGGCUUUCCUGGUAUGAUGGGCAGUAUAGAUUGCAUGCACUGGCAAUGGAAAAAUUGUCCUAAAGCCUGGAAGGGAAUGUUUAUGAGUGGUCACAAAGGAGUUGCAACAAUUAUACUGGAAGCGGUUGCUUCAUCUGAUCUGUGGAUAUGGCAUGCAUUUUUUGGAGUUGCUGGAUCAAAUAAUGACAUAAAUGUCUUAGAACGGUCGCCAGUAUUUGAUGAUGUGCUAGAAGGUCGUGCUCCAGAGGUAAAUUAUUUCAUCAACGGAAACACUUAUAGCAUGGGAUACUACUUAACAGAUGGAAUAUAUCCUGAAUGGGCAACAUUCGUUAAAACGAUACCACGUCCUCAAAGUGAGAAAAGAAAAUUAUUUUCAAAAUAUCAAGAAAGCCAGCGAAAAGACGUCGAACGAGUUUUUGGUGUGUUACAGUCUCGUUUCGCAAUUGUGCGUGGUCCUGCACGUUUUUGGGACAAAGCAGAUCUUGAAAAAAUUAUGAGAGCAUGCAUUAUAAUGCAUAAUAUGAUUGUUGAAGACGAGAGAGACACUUAUGCCACGCAAUUUGGUCCUUUACCAAUUUAUGAUGAUGCAACAAAUGGUUUAUCUCAACCAAAUUUAGGUGAAGAACCCUUUAUCCCGUAUGAAAGGUAUAUCCAAAAUACGUUACAAAUGCGUGAUAAACGGACACAUCGUCAGCUACAAAAUGACUUGGUUGAGCACAUCUCGCAGUUCCAUAAUAGUCGUUAGUUUCUUAUUGUACUAUUUUUAAUUGUUUGUUUCCUUGUGUAAUGUUUUUAAUUUAUUGUUUUUAAUUCAGUUGAAUGUAUUUUAUUUUAA